GAAAUACGCACCUUCCGCCUGACUGUGGUCCUUCCGAUUUGGACGCCAUUAGCAAAGCGCAGAGAUGGCCAUCAGGUAUCCUAUGGCUGUUGGCCUUAACAAAGGCCACCCAGUGACCAAAAACGUUUCUAAGCCCAAGCACAGCCGCAGGAGAGGGCGUCUGACCAAACACACCAAGUUUGUGCGCGACAUGAUCCGCGAGGUGUGCGGUUUCGCCCCUUAUGAGAGACGUGCUAUGGAGUUGCUGAAGGUGUCCAAGGACAAGCGUGCCCUCAAGUUCAUUAAGAAAAGGGUGGGAACUCACAUCCGCGCCAAGAGAAAGAGGGAAGAGCUCAGCAACAUUCUGGCCGCAAUGAGGAAAGCUGCUGCCAAGAAGGAGUAACCUGUAGUUUGACAAAUAAAUUUGUGUGUAAAAACAUG